AUGGUGUAUGACUGGGCAGGUAAGCGGGACAUCUGCUUCCAGAUGUACAUCCAGGAAAAGAAGGGACUGGAGGAGAUCAUGGAGUACAUGAGAACCGCUUAUCAGUUUUCCCCGAGCAAGCGUGCCUUCCAAACUCAGUUUAAACGAUGGGGCUUUCCUUCUAAGCAGAACCCGGCCCACAAGAACGUCGCGCUGGUCGCCCGCGUCCAGCAGCUAUGGGAGCAAAACACCAACCAGCGUGACAUGCUUCGAGUCUUGAAUGCCGAGGGCUUUGUCAUCAAAGAAAGAGAAUUAAUGCGCGUGCGCGCAAAAAAUCGAUGGCUUCUUCGAGUUCCUAAUGGCAUGAAGUCCCAACCGAACGCUGCUACACCAGAGACACAGCCAGAGGACGAGGGACUGCUAGCCCUACAACAAGAGGUUUACAAACAAGAAAUGAUCUUCGAUGGCACCGAGCCUCCACCUGCAGAAUUGGCUGGACCUGUAGAAGGCAGUCCAACGUCACAAAAUUUGGCACCCGAGAUUAUGGCAAAACGCAAGGAGAGGUUGGACCGCUUGAAGUCGGAGAGUGCAGAGCGAUGGGCAUCACGAAAGCGUCGACGUCGCACCCGUGGCUGGGCUGGACUCCCAGCAGAUCCCCCCGGUCCCCCUCGAUUCCCCUCGGAGACCACAAUCGACGAGAGUAAGCAAUAUCUCAGCCUGGACAAUACCAUGUACCGCCAGCUUCGCGAUAGAUUUCAACAGAUUUGUCAGGAGGCUGGAUUUAUCAAGAAAACAAUCGCAGGCCCGGAAAAAUGGCAAGCAGCGAAAGACAAACUGAUCCAGGAAACCCCACACCUCCAACAGGUCUUCAAUACCGAGCCCAACGAACGUGAUGCGAAGGUUCUUGCCUUGGAUGUCGUUUGCACGGACGUUACCAAGCGGAUGCGAACACUAGAGCGAAGAAUGACCAUUGCGGAGGCCAAGAAUGCUCUGGGUGUCAACCCAGAGGAAAGCCGUCAGAUUCGGAAUGCUUUCUAUGAUACUCUCAAAAUGGACCAUUUCACAAGCAAGCUAGAAGCAGGCGACGAGCACUGGAAGGAAUUGAAAGCACAGUGGAUCCAUGACACCCCGCUACUUCAACGAAUCCUGGAGCCUGGACCCGCUGACCCCCACCACACGAGCAAACUGAAAGCCCUGGAGGUGUUAUGCCGUGACGUGAUGAAACGCCUGCGUGAUGACCAGACCAAGCGGGACCCUGCGCGGAAGAGAUCCUCUGCGCGCGCCGACUCACACAAUCCCACGCGGAAUAGCAACACACCCGUGGGCAAUAUGCUUGGGAAUGAAAUCAGUAAUGGAAUCAGUACACUGGCCUCUCAGGCUCUUGCAAGCGCCCCGAUUACUGGCAGUGAAAUUGGCGAUAUGCAAAUCGACCCCUCACUGCUCCAGGCGGCAAAUGAUCCGUCGUCAUACUCAUCAAAUGGCCAGCAUGAAGCUGGCCACCCUUUUGAAUACAUGGACCCAAUGCUACACCCUGCAUUGCUCAACACUGAUGUUAUUCUUCAAAUUCGUCCGCAGGAUAACUUCCCAGGAAAUAUCAUGAGAACCUGGACCGAAAAACCUACCACUCGGACUCUUGAGGAAAUACGGCAUUUAGUAGCCGAACGGUAUCCGUACUCGAUCGUUAGCAAGGUCGAGGGAGUUGGUAAGGAUGAACAUGGCAACGAAGCAUACUUCGCCAUUGAUGAAGAUCAUGAAUUGGAUGCUUAUUUGACGCAUAUGCAUGAACGGAAGCCUUUGCUUGUCUUGACAAUGGGAGAGAUCUAA